AUGAGUCUCGGACCACCUUCACCCCCUCCUAUGCCCCUGUGCUGGCUGUGGAGAGCCGGCAGUCUUUAGGACCCAGUGGCAGCCAGCAGACAGUCUGCAGGCCCCUGCAGUGAGAGCGGUGCAUCUGGAAGAGAGCUGGCCGGCCGGGGAGGUGGAGGACGGGGAGAGAAGAGGAAGGAGGCUCCGGGAGCAAGCGAGACAAAAAGGGUCAGGCCUGGGACUUGGGAAAAUCGGGAGAGCGGAGAGAAGAGGGAUCAUCUCGUAUUUCUUUUUUUUUUUGUAUUCCUUUUGAGUUUAUUUUCACCUCAUCCACAUCGCCCCAUUAUCACACAUCGCCCAUAAGCCCCCCUAAGACUCUCGACGAUGCCGUCCAACACUGUCACCAACACCAACACCACUGCAUUCAAAGGCUCAGACUACGCUGAUUCACCUGGAAGCAGAAUGGGUGAAAGCACAAUACUGGACAUGGACCUGAUGACGGAGGAGAAGCCGGCUAAAAGUAGUGCCUCUUGUAAAGUUGGCAAGCCUGGAAGAAAGCGCAAGCAGUUUCCAGUCGAGAGCUGUGGCUCUCUCAAAGGCAGCGUGGGCAACAGCUACACUGGGCUGAGUAGGCCGUCCAUGGCACAGGUCCACAAUGGAGACAUGGGCGGGCACAGAGACAGGACAUCCGAUACCUGCUUCCCCAAACAGGAGAAGAGGGAAGUGGAGAACGGGUUCCCCAGAGACCCUUCCUCUUGCCGGGCAGAGGACAGCUCCCAGGGUCAGAGUCUGAGUCCGUCCCCGGAGAACGGAUUCCUGCCCAGCCGGGAAGACCAGAACGCGGAGAAAGACAAGGACGACAGCCUGACACCACCGCGAAAGAAAAGAGGGAGGCGGAAACUGGAGCGCCCAACGAAAUAUGUGGAGCACAAGGAGGAGGACGGGCCUGAUGCUGUCAAGACCGAGGGAGGUCGAGGCAGAAGGGGAGUUGGUUGGGAGAUCAGCCUUCGUCAGAGGCCCAUGCCCAGAAUAACCUUCCAGGCUGGUGACCCUUAUUACAUUAGCAAGCGGACCAGAGAGGAGUGGCUGGCCAAGUGGAAGAUGGAGGCAGAGAAAAAGUCCAAACUGAUGUCAGCGAUGAACGCGAUGAAAGAUCAUGAGGAGAAUGAAAUAGAGACCCAGAAAGAGGAGGUCUCAAUAAUCAAGCACCCAUCGCCUUCAAAGCAGCAGCAGCAGCAGCAGCUGCUGCUGCCACCACUGCAGCAGCCUCAGUUGCACACUCAGUCACAGCCUCAGUAUCAACAGCAAUCACAGCCAUCGCUGCCACAACAACAACAACUGCAACAACAACAACAACAUCAGCAGCCGCCUCAGCAGCAGCAGCAGCCUACUGACCCCGCAUCCCCCACUGUGGCCACCACCCCUGAGCCGGUCGCCAUCGAAGGUGGAGACAAGACAUCCCCCAAGCUUGCAGACAAUGAGCCAGAGUAUGAGGACGGCCGUGGUUUUGGCAUCGGCGAGCUGGUUUGGGGGAAGCUUCGCGGGUUCUCGUGGUGGCCAGGCCGCAUUGUAUCCUGGUGGAUGACAGGACGGAGCAGAGCUGCUGAGGGAACCAGAUGGGUCAUGUGGUUUGGAGAUGGAAAAUUCUCAGUGGUUUGUGUAGAGAAACUCAUGCCUUUAAGUUCCUUUAAUAAUGCCUUUCACCAACCAACUUACAACAAGCAGCCCAUGUACAAGAAAGCCAUCUACGAAGUGCUACAGGUGGCUGGCAGUCGGGCAGGCAAAGCCUUCAUGGCCUGCCCCGACAGUGACGAGACAGAAACCUCAAAAUCAGUAGAAAUGUUGAACAAGCAGAUGAUUGACUGGGCUAUGACAGGAUUUCUGCCCACUGGACCCAAGGCUUUAGAGCCACCAGAGGAGGAGCGUAACCCAUACAAAGAGGUUUACCCUGAGAUGUGGGUGGAGCCUGAAGCAGCAGCCUAUACGCCUCCUCCAGCCAAAAAGCCUCGCAAAAGCACAGCAGAGAAACCCAAGGUCAAGGACAUCAUUGAUGAGAGGACACGAGAACGGCUUGUUCAUGAAGUGAGACAAAAGUGCCGCAGCAUAGAGGACAUCUGUAUCUCCUGUGGAAGUCUGAAUGUUACCCUUGAGCACCCGCUGUUUGCUGGGGGAAUGUGCCAGAGCUGUAAGAACUGCUUCCUAGAAUGUGCGUAUCAAUAUGAUGACGAUGGUUACCAGUCAUACUGCACUAUCUGCUGUGGAGGACGAGAGGUGCUCAUGUGCGGAAACAACAACUGCUGUCGGUGUUUCUGUGUGGAGUGUGUCGAUCUCCUCGUUGGUCAAGGAGCUGCACACGCAGCCAUCAAAGAGGACCCCUGGAACUGCUACAUGUGUAGUCAGAAGGGUGUGUUUGGUCUACUGGGGCGUCGCACUGACUGGCCCAGCCGUCUCCAGCACUUCUUUGCAAAUAAUCAUGACCAAGAUUUUGAUCCACCAAAGCUUUACCCCCCAGUCAUGGUGGAGAAGAGGAAGCCCAUUCGUGUCUUGUCGCUAUUUGACGGCAUAGCAACAGGGCUGUUGGUGCUAAAAGAACUUGGCAUCCAAGUGGAUCGCUAUGUAGCUUCUGAAGUGUGUGAAGACUCCAUCACUGUGGGUAUCGUCCGGCAUCAGGGUCGCAUCAUGUAUGUUGGCGAUGUGAGGAACGUCACACGCAAGCAUAUACAGGAGUGGGGUCCCUUUGACCUAGUUAUUGGUGGAAGCCCAUGCAAUGACCUUUCUAUAGUCAAUCCUGCUAGGAAAGGUCUUUAUGAGGGCACCGGACGCCUGUUCUUCGAGUUUUACAGGCUGCUCCACGAGGCUCGGCCAAAGGAGGGGGAGAGCCGGCCUUUCUUCUGGCUCUUUGAAAAUGUGGUUGCCAUGGGUGUCAGCGAUAAGAGGGACAUAUCUCGCUUUCUAGAGUGCAACCCAGUGAUGAUCGAUGCCAAGGAAGUGUCUGCUGCCCACCGCGCCCGCUACUUCUGGGGUAACCUUCCUGGCAUGAACAGGUUGGUGUUUGAAUGGCCUUUGAGUGCUAUGUGCAAUGACAGAGUGGACCUCCAGGACUGUUUAGAACACGGCAGAACAGCUAAGUUUGGGAAGGUGAGGACCAUCACCACCAGGUCUAAUUCCAUCAAGCAGGGCAAGGACCAGCACUUCCCUGUCUACAUGAACGAGAAGGAGGACAUACUGUGGUGCACUGAGAUGGAGAGGGUCUUUGGCUUCCCAGUCCACUAUACGGACGUGUCCAACAUGAGCCGACUGGCAAGGCAAAGGCUCCUGGGCAGAUCAUGGAGCGUCCCGGUUAUCCGCCACCUGUUUGCACCACUUAAAGAUUACUUUGCCUGUGUUUGAGCAGCAAGAAAACUUGCUCGGAACCAUUUAGGAACUACAACUGUAUGUUGUGACUAGAAAUAAGAGCCUUGAUCCUCAAAUUAUACUCCUGUAUAAUUUGCAAGCGCAACAUUGACGUAGAUUUCACAUUAUUUCUUGUAUUUGAAUUGUAAUUCUUAUUCUAUUUAAUUUUGAUAUGUCAUUUUACCUUUUAGCAGUGUUAUCAAGUAUUGUUGAUUUGUUUGUGCAAGCUAUACUUGAGACUAUGCUUUCUUCUCAAGACACUGAGACAGAAAAGUGCUAAACGUGUUUUUAAAAAGAGACAGCAAUGCGAUGGGAAAGACCCGAGAGAUAGGAAAUGAGAUAUGUGAAAUGUUUCUGCUGUGUGAGCGUACUGUGCGUCGGGGCUGCGAGAUUCCCACCUGCAGUGCGGCCAUGCUUCCAGCUACUGAGCCUCACAGAGAUGUGACGUGAAAGGCGAUUUUCUUCAGUGUCAGGAGAGCUGUGUCUCUAAGAAUCCAAAACACCAGAUCACAUAUACCUCUUUGUUUACAGUUUAUAUACACAACUGAAGGUAAUAAAGGUACUACUGUAAUAUGGUUACAAUACCAUGGUGCUCCAAGAUGAUGAAAAACAUCAUAGCCCAUGUGGCACUACAACUCUAGACAAUACGGAACUCUUUAACCUGUUGCUGAAAUAACUUGUGUUUGAUGUUUUUACACGUAACGAAAAAAAAAAUUCUGUUCUGUGCCGUUUCGUUCACUUCAAAGGAAGUGAGAGACAGUAGACUGCAAAAUAGAGCAUAUCCUCUUUUCUGCAUUUUACAGCUUUUAUACAGUUUGUACUGGUGCUCAUUUAAUGUCUCAGCCUUGCCACACUCAGGCUCACUGCCUGGAUCUGCACAAACAGAAAGUGAAGCUAUAGCCACAUGGGAAAUGAUGUUUUCUGUCAUUGUAAAAAAAAAAAACAAGAAAAAAAAUCAAAGAAAAAAACGGAAAAAAAAAAAAGAUCAACGUCUGUGAAACUAUUUUUUUCUAGUUUCAUCCUGACCAAUGACAUUACUGUACAACUGUUAUUAAGUGUGGUCGCUGGAGGGAGGGAGGGUGGCCAGGCCGGGUAACUCUCCUCAUCAACUUCCACCUCUCGUAACUGAAAAACUUUCAGGUGCAAAAUCCUCAACAAUAUGGUGCGGCUUCACAAAGUUCUUCUACCUUUUUAUAGCAAUUUUGUGCUGUUUUAUCAACAUUAUAAAGCACUUUUAUAUGUAUACUUUCUUUUUUUCUUGAUAUUUUAAAAAAAAAUAUUGGUUCUUGUGAAUUGUUUUUUGUUUGUUUGUUUUAUGAUGUGAACUGAUCUACCCUCGUGUAAUACUUUUUGUAUACAGUAGGGCUGUGCCAAUAGAAGUGAAAGAAUGGAUUUUGAUAUGUGAAAACCAUGUUAUUUGACUCAGUGUACAGUAAAUGGAUUUGACAUUUGUAACCCCUGUCCCUCCCUCCAUCAUCCAUAUUGUUCCCUGUUUUAAAGCAGCGAUACAGUAUGAUUCUACCCAGAGUCAAAGAAUGUCUAUUUCUAUUAAGAUUGUAAAAUGUAAGGCAGAGUUAGGGAACUGUGUCAUGCGCUUUGUAUAAUAUUUUGUCCCUUGUGAAGGACAGCUGGCCCUUUGCCGUUUCCCUGAUAAAUCGUAGUCGUCAUGUUGACAAAUUUAGGUGCUGAUCCAAAUCUGGAUUACGUUCACAAACUAAAUUCUCUUGAUUGUAACCUCUAAGAUUAAUAUGGAGGAUUUAGGCUGCAGUUCGUCAAAACAAAAAACUGACACAGUGUUUGACAGAGGUGUCGGCACUCAAAGAUGUUAAAGAGGUUAAUAAAAACAGAUGUUAUCGCUUAUCUAUAUCAUAUUUAAGAUUCUAAAUUUGAAAUUUAAUUUCAUAAUGUAAUUAAUUUCUUAAGUGACCUUAUUGCCAUCAUUUUUGUCCAUGCACACGGCGCUCAAUAUGAGCUCUUGUGAUAUUUUAACCAGAUGUUAUUUCCCCCCUCCCCCAUAAUACGUAACACCCCCUCAUGUUUGUACAUUUUGUACAUAGAGUUUUCCGGUUGCUGUUUUCAAUUUGUUUUUAUCUUCUUUUUUUUUUACGUAUGAGAUGUACAAAUAUAAUUCUUUGCUAAUAUAUAUCAUCAAAUUAGGAAAAGAAUCUUAGGUUAAACAUAAAAAAAAUCAAGUGACAAAUUUGAUUCAAAACUUGCUUUGAGCGUUAGAUGUAGGGAGACUCCAAGUCGACUACUUUAUCGUACUGAUUUGUUUGUGUCAAGUGAGUCCAGAUUUAUGUCAUGUGAUCUUAAUAGUGGCCUAUGGACAGCUUUAAGAUGAACGGUCUCAACUUCACUGCACAGCCCUACAUGGUGGUGUUUUUUUGUUUGGUUUUUGUUUUGGCUUCUGUUUCCUUUUGUAAAACUUUAAAAAGAGGGAUUGUAGGUGUCUCCGAUGGUGCUAAACAUUUUAUCUAAACAAGAAAAAUAUAUUUGAUUGGAAGAGAAAUAAACAUGUCUUGACAAUGACUGUUUUUAAGUUCCUUGUAGUAACAGAAAAGAACUAUUAUUUCACUCAUAUAAAUAUAUUAACAAAGGCAUUUUAACUUUGUACUUGAAAAAAUAAGGAUAACAAAUAAUGAAAGGUUUCCUAUAUUGUUUUAGACUAGAGAUUGCUGUAGUUGGUGAUUAUCUGUGGGAAAAUCGUGUGAGAAAAAAAAAAAACGGUAAUAACUUUUACUGUAGCAUAAUGUAUGCUUAAUACGCAUUGCUUCUUAAUCCUACAUUCCAUGCCGUAAUAUUCUCCAUGUCUGUUUUCCAAAUGUUGUUUUGAAUCGAUGUUUUUUUCUUUUCUUUUUUUUUGAAUCAUCAGAAACAACAUUUGAGUUUUACUGUUCAAGGCAGGUCAAUAAUUCUAUAUUCGGUGAUACUGUUGACACUCUGUGUGACUUUCUUUCUGUCAUAACUGUUAAUGGCCUAUACGCUUUUUCCUCAAGACCAGUUCGUACAGCAAAUGUAGCAGUCAUUCUCCACUUUGACCCCCCCCUCCCUCCCCCCAUACUUAAGUUUAGUGUCCAGAGAGAAGAAAAAGGCUCCGUAUUACUUGUGCUGGAGAACACUUGAAUAAAUGUAUUGUUUUUGUGCAAAAAUCUGCCACCUCCUGUCCUUUUUUUUUUUAAAUUCUAUUUUAUAAAAUGUACCCGACCUCUUAAAUUAAAGCCAAGCAGCAGCCUCAAAGGCUGACACAUGAAGUCAACACUGAAGCGCCAAAAACUGCAUUUCAUCAGAUGGCCUCUUGAGGUUGGCUCCAAAAGCAAGUCAAUCCCCAGACACCCAUGCUUAAAUGUCCAACUGUACAAUAG